AGCUUUGGUUCAGAGCGGGUGUGCCAAUUGCCGAUCUUCGGCGUUGCACACUCGGAAGAUGCCGUACUUAGAAGAUGGCGAAACCUGGUCAGCAGACAUCAAUGUGGCCGAAGAAGGCAUGGCCGAAAACAGGCCGGGACACAAGCGCUUUUCGGCCUACAAGCUUCCAGCUUGGGCAAAGCACCCGCUGACGCACCCCUUCAACGGCGUCAUCGUCACCGCAAAGGACUAUAUGUACACGGCCGGAGAUGGCUUUGUCAACCCAUUGGGCUGGUCGAUCGCGCAUGUGGCAUGCAAAUACGGAGACGUCCCCAUGCUGGAGAUGUGCACCGCCGAGGAGCUGAGCCGUCCAAGCUCCAUGGGGGAUCGGCCAGCGCACUAUGCGGUCAUGUACGGCACCUCCUGGUGCCUCCAAAAGCUUGUGGAGCUAGGUGCUGACACCGUGUCAGCCAAUAAUGCUGGAGAUACACCGGAGCACAAGAUUUGGAAAAUGAAAGAAUUGCAUGGUCAAGAACAAGAAUGGAUCUUCAUGGCCCUCAAGGGAGAGCUGAACGAGAAAAAUUCUGUGAAAGCUCAGGAGUACAACUUGGUGAAGCGUCGAGCCAUGGGCAAUGAUGCAGUGGUCACUGAAAGGUUAGACAAGGACCUCCUGAAGCAGCGGAAGUACCUCUUCGGCACGGGCGACUACGAGCCACCGUUUCCAGUGCCGCAAGAGCUUCGGCAACGCUUGGAUUUACCACUGUCCAAAGUCGAGAAGCUUGUCAAGAAGGAGCCUCCUCUGCCAGUGGCGCUUCUAUUCCCUGGUCAGGGAUCGCAAUACGUUGGCAUGCUGAAAGAUGUCAUGGACCGACCAGCGAUCAAGCAAUAUCUGGACAAGGCGGAGUCCAUCCUAGGAUGGGAUGUUCGAGAGAUUUGCCUCAAAGGGCCCGAGGAGAAGCUCAAUGAUACCAAGUACUGCCAGCCGAUCAUGUUCCUGGCAGGCUUGGCGGCAGUGGAGGUGCUACGAGAAACGAAGCCUGAGGUGGUUGACCGACCCUUUUGCACGGCUGGACUCUCCCUGGGUGAAUACACCGCCAUCAUAGCUGCUGGGGUCCUGCCCUUUGAAGAAGGCCUGAAAUUGGUACAGCUGAGAGCCGAGGCGAUGCAAGAUGCAGCCACACGGGUUCCGCAAGCCAUGUGCUCUGUCGCUGGUUUGGACCGCGCAAAGGUGGAUCAACUUUGCUUGGAGGCCAAGGCUGCGGACCCCAGCCCCGACGCGCAGUGCCAGGUGGCCAACUUCCUUUUUCCAUCGGGCUUCACCUGCGCAGGCACCAAGGUGGCAGUCGAUGAGCUUUGCAAGCGUGCCACAGCCGCCAAGGCCCUGCAGGCUCGCCUCAUCAAGACGAGUGGAGCGUUCCACACGCCUUUGAUGGCACCUGCACAGGAGCAACUCUCCAGGGCCAUAGAUGCGGCUUCUCAGAAGAUGAGUCCUCCAAGGUGCGGCAUCUACUUCAAUGUGAAUGGCAAACGUGUGAAGGAGGGCUCGGAUCCUGCCACCUUCGUGGAGCUGAUGAAGUUGCAGCUGACCAAUGAAGUCCUUUGGGAGCCGACCAUUCGAGCUAUGAUCAUGGAUGGAGUGAAAGACUUCUAUGAGGUGGGUCCUCUGAAACAGCUCAAGUCCAUGCUGAAGAGAAUUGAUGCCGACGCCUUCAAGCGUACUGAGAAUGUGAGUGUAUAGCUCCGAGAUUCUCAUGAGCCAUCUCAUGAGCAUGCUGUGUGGCAUUAGCUUCUCGCCUCCAAUCAGUUGGUAGAAAUCAGUUGGCACAUGCCCUCCAGCAUGCGUAGUGGCGCAGUGAGCAUCUAUGCAGUGGCUUUCCGAGAUCUUCCCUUUUAUUUUGGAUUUCGAUCCGUGAAAGUGAGUCGCGUUUCACCACUGUGGAGCGACACUCCACAGCAAGGAUCUUCGGCAGCAUGGUGAACCUCAAAA